UUUCUAGGGCUUCCGCCACCAGACACAGAGAGAGGAGUCAAAAAUGCCGGCGGGACACGGAGUAAGGGCGAGAACAAGGGAUCUGUUCGCGAGACCGUUCAGGAAGAAGGGUUAUAUCCCACUCUCCACUUACCUGAGAACCUUCAAGGUCGGCGAUUACGUGGAUGUCAAGGUUAAUGGAGCUAUCCACAAGGGUAUGCCUCACAAGUUCUACCAUGGUCGUACUGGUCGUAUCUGGAACGUUACUAAGCGUGCCGUUGGUGUUGAAGUCAACAAACAGAUUGGGAACAGAAUCAUAAGGAAGAGAAUACAUGUGCGUGUGGAGCAUGUGCAACAGUCAAGGUGUGCUGAGGAGUUUAAACUCAGGAAGAAGCAGAACGAUGAGCUUAAAGCUGCAGCUAAAGCAAGAGGUGAGACAAUCAGCACCAAGAGACAACCUAAAGGUCCUAAACCAGGUUUCAUGGUUGAAGGUAUGACAUUGGAGACUGUUACUCCCAUCCCUUACGAUGUCGUCAACGAUCUCAAGGGUGGCUAUUAAGUUUCUAUUUACCAGUCUGUCUACUCAGAAUUUUUGCAGUUGCUUUGUUUUCUUAAAGAUGUUUUUGUAUCAAACAAGACUGAUUUCUAUGUGGUAUGAUGACAGUGAAUUUCAGAUUUUUGUUAGGAGAUAUGGUUUAUCA